AUGACCGAAUAUAAUGCUACCUUUGCACGGGGAUUUUCUCUGCAUGAAGCUUUGGCCCUGUUAGAGGAUGAUAGUAUGGAUUACGAUAGCAUAGCUUUAUUACCACCAAUAAAUGCAACUGCGGAUGUUACCGACGAGGAUUACGUCGAUAUAAACAAUUUACCGGCUUCGCAAAUGAAGAGCACCGUCGAACUCUUUUCGAAAACCAAUGUCGAUCAUCAAUGGGAUUCAGAUGAUGACAUACCAUUGUCCGAAAUUAGAAAAAACUUACACACCAAACCGAAAAAAAGUAAAAAAUAUCAUUAUGAAAAGGAGGACCUACCCAGCAAUGAUACUGCUUUUGAAAAAAACGAUGAACAUCUCGACAUAACUGAGCAUUCUCCUACUUCUCUCUUUUGUUCCAUUUUGAAUAACGAUUUUAUUGGAAUACUGCUUAUUAGUGGAUACAUUCCACUACCCAUAAGAAGAUUGUUUUGGGAACGCUCGAAAGAUUGCAAUAACGAACUUGUUUGUGAGGCAAUUUCAAGAAACAAAUUUGAGUUCAUAGUGUCCAAUAUACAUUGCCAGGAUAACAACUUGCUAGAUCACUCUGACAAAGUUGCCAAAGUAAGACCAUUAUUUACACAUUUAAAUAGAAAAUUUAUGGAAACUGCUUAUAUUGAAGAAGAUCAUAGCGUAGACGAAGCCAUGGUUCCUUACACAGGACGGCACGGCUGUAAGCAGUAUAUUCAUGGCAAACAAAUUCGCUAUGGUUUCAAGCUGUGG